GCGGGGAAAGCGAAGCGUUUGUCGAUGAGUUUGAAGCUGCUGCAAGGAAAAGGGUUGGGGCUUAUCUGCCUCUGAAGUCAAGUUAGGCUCUCAGUCCAGGGAUGAUCCUCCGCGAAGGGCUGUGUCCUGGCCUCUCCGCUGAAAUGGUCCAGGCACUAAAAGCCAAUGGCAUCAAAACAGUGGUUGAUCUUGUCUCAUCGGAUCUGGAGGAAAUUGCCCAGAAGUAUUCCUUAUCGUACAAGACCUUAGUUGCAGUACGACGUGUGUUGCUGGUGCAGUUUUCCUCCUUCCCGGUCAAUGGGGCAGAUCUCUAUGAAGAGCUGAAGCACACCACAGCAAUCUUGUCUACUGGAAUUGAGAGCUUGGACAAGCUUCUUGACUCAGGUUUAUACACGGGGGAACUGACAGAACUUGUUGGAGCACCCAGUGCUGGCAAAACUCAGGUGUGCCUCACUGUAGCUGCAAAUGUAUCCCAUAGCCUCAAGCAGACUGUCCUGUACAUUGACUCCACUGGGGGUUUCACCGGUAUCCGUCUGCUGGAGCUGUUGAAUUGCCUGACUGAGGAUGAGGAGGAGCAGGCUGAGGCAUUGCGGAGGAUCCAGGUUUUUCAUGCAUUUGACGCCUACAAAAUGCUUGAUGUGCUGCAGGAAGUCCGCAGCUAUAUGGCCCAGCAGAUAUUCAGUACCUCUGGACCAGUGAAGCUUCUUAUUGUGGAUUCCGUUUCUGCUGUGAUUUGCCCUUUCUUGGGACUUCGGCAGCCUGAUGGCAUGGCCCUCAUGAUGCAUUUGGCUAGGGAGAUGAAAACACUUGCCAAAGAGUUUGGGAUCGCCAUCUUGUUGACAAAUCAUGUGACCAGAGAUACUAGUGGCGGUUUUAAACCAGCAUUGGGUCGCUCGUGGAGUUUCAUACCUAAUACUCGGCUGCUGCUGGAGAAGAGAAAAGACACUUCUGAGAAAGCAGGUCGAGUCGCAUCUUUGAUGAAAUCUUCUCGACAGCCUUUUGGGAUUCAGGCAGAAUUAGACCUGAGGAACUGGGAAGUGAGAAAAAGCAGUCCAAUGACAUCAGGAGAGGGACUGAACAAUAGAAUGGUGUGUCUUUCUGAUCCACAGUUGGUUUCCUGAAUAUGCAGAUCUGAAAGUGGAAAGAAUAGUUCAGUUUUUAGAGGAAUGGAAAAUAAAGACCAGUAUCAGCCUUCUCCAAACAGAUGUCUUCCGGAUUUAUUGGAUUUCAGCUCCCAGAAUCCCCAGAGAACAUGGCCUACAUAGCAGAGCUGAUUUGAAGUCAAAAACUUUUGGAGGAUACAGUUCCUUCUGUUGGAACACUCAUAUUGUGUUGGAUAAUUAAGAAAAUAUGCAUGUGGAUUAGCUAAAGUUAUGGCUCACUUUUUCAGCAGUUGCAACUUUUGUAGGUAAAUGUACAGUUUGUCAAUAAUAAAGGGACAUUGAAUGGAAUUGUUUAUCCAAGGGAGUCUCCAUGUUCUUCCCAGUAUUGGUACAAUGUAUUGACAUCCUGACCCUUGCUCUGUGAAAUGGACUAGUCAAAUGUAGGGGUUAUAUUGAUUUUGCUUAACAGAUCAAGGACGUUUGAUAUUAUAUUCUAUAAACAGGAGAAAAGGUAGAAUAUAAAUCAAACGAUUUCUCAGGGCUCUUGUAGACCUUUUUUAUCAGGUUGUUUGAUGAACCAGAAUGCUACUUUGGGCUGUUUGUAUCAGUGAUGAGUCCGGUGCCUUUAAGAUGUUUGAAACUUCAACUCAUAUUGGCCCCAGUCCACAUGGGCCACGGCAAGGGAUUGUGCAGGUUCUUGUCCAGGACACCUUAUUCCUGGUUUAUACAAUGGAAUUAUUUUUCAUACAGAAAUAUUAACGUACACAGUCUAAUAUACUUUCAGAUAAUGUAUAUUCU